CGUAGAACCUCGUUCAACCAACAACAAACCGAACGACUUGGUCGCGAGGUCAACCUUCCAUAUCGUCUUGAUCAUCGACCUCUUACCUUCUCCAUCGACCCGCCUGCGUUCGCUCUUCUUUCACCUGUAUCAUCUCUGUUGACUUGGCUCGAACCUCACGCACACCGCCUACAAUGGCCACGCUGUCGGCAAACGAAUCGCCCGCACCUUCACGCCGUUCCCGUCAUUCCAAAUCACAAUCGACCUCGGCACUUUCCACGAUCCUCGACAUACCACGACAACGAGGAUCGAUUCCGCCUGUACCUGCUUUGCCAUCCGAGAUACCGAGCUCAUCCAGGAGACAGCCAUUCGAACCCUAUCGAUCUGGCCGCGAUGCUCGACUUCCGACUCUGCCCGGUUUGACGGAUUCGAGCGACCUGUCCGACGGUGGUUCAUCUACGACCAACUCGUACGAUUCGCCCAGUACCAGCAGAAGAUCCACCCAUACCUCCAGCAUCACUCGUUCCAGAACCUAUCAGGACCUAGAAGACCCUGGCUCUCCUACCCCUAAACGUAGUCGAGCCAGGGCGAUGGACGAUCUGAAAACGCGAAAUGACGGUCCUUUAGCCACUCCACAAGCUUCUCCCAGCAAGAAACGUAGCCACAAAGACAGGACGGACGGUUUGAACGACCUGGGUGUGCAGAGAAGGCCGAGUAGACGAAGAGGCGAUGCAGGAUCACCGCGAAAGGAUGUUCAGAGGUCGAGAGCCGUGAGCAAAGAGCGCGGGCUGAAAGAAGAGCUCGCCGAGAGUGCAGCGAUCAUCGAAUCACACCGCACAUCCCCUUCAACCCGCCUACAAACGCUCGAGACGCUACAAAAACGACUGGCAAGCUUGGCACCCUCCCGCCUGCCUUUGACGGAAAAGACGAGAGGAGCCGGGUCGGACGAGAAGAGCGAGCUGGAGGUGUUCAUCUCAUCAGGUAUCCAUCGAUCCUUGUUAGACCUUCUUUGCCGGCACGCCGCGGUUCUCCCACACCUCCCGCAGAUGUUACCUCAACGGGUGGAGAUGCUCGAUGAGAUUCAACUGCUCGCCGGUCUUUUACAAGGGCUCUGCUUGCUGGAAGGGUUCGUCUCGGUGGAAGACGACUGCCGGGCGGCUUUGAGAGAGACGAGGGUGUUCGAGAUCUUGACAGACCUCCUGCGAGCGACCUACAACGACACUCUCGCCUAUCACAUCACCCCGUCCCUCCUCGACCUCGUCUACUCGAUCCUCGCAGCACCUACCUCCCGGGCCAACCCAUCGCCUUUCAUCCGCUUCGCUCAAAUCGGCGGGAUCGACGUCCUAGAAAAUAUCGUCAUCUGUGGACACUGGUUCGGACCCGCAGCCUACGAUCUCACCAAAUUCAUCACGCUGGGCUUCAUCGAAUCGACCCCAGCUCCCCGCCGCAAAGUCUCCACCGACAGGUCCACCUCGGAAGGUUCUUUCGAUUCGAUGACGACGGGCAGGUCGGGUACGUCGGAUCGCAGGUUGAUGACGCCCGUCACGGACGAAUCGGAUGGGAGAAGUAGCAGGGCGUCGUCGGUGGACGUGGACAACACUCCUAGGACCCCACGAAAGCGAGACUCGGCGGUACGGGUCGCACCGGCUACGACGCAUUCGAGCAGCAAAACCAGGCUCUUGCCCAAGUCUGCCACGUCGUCGGCAUUGAGCGGAUUCUACACGCCCUCGGCCAGAGGCGAAAAGCGGCAUUUCAACCGGGGUACACGAGAGGACUCUAACAAGCUAGGUCGGGUGCUGGAAGAAGACGCCGUGCACUCGCCGGCCCUACUCGCCGAAUCGCCAACGAUACCAGACUUUGGUAGCGACCUGGAUGACACGAUGCAUUCGACGAUGCGAGGAGGGAUGGACGUCUUCGGAUUGCCUCAGAGCAAAACCUCGGAGCGAAAACUCCCUCGAACCAGGUCGACGAUGGGUCCCGAGAUUGUCGCUCGCGCCAGUCCUAGCAAGAGCGGGUUGGGAAAAGGUCUGCCUUCCGGUUUAUCGUCAGAUACACCCCGCGGCCUUCGCACCACCUCGAGCGAACUCGUUCGACCCGGGUCUCGUUUGAAAAAAGCUCGACCAUGACGUCGUUGCAG